UUUUCAGCCGAAACAAUUUCACACAAGUAGCAUCAGGAGCUAUAAGAAAAGACUCACUUGUUGUGAAUCUGGAUCUUAGCAAUAACAAAAUUGCUAAAUUGAAUAACAGAUCUUUUGAUGGAGCUAAAUAUCUUGAAACAAUAAACCUUGCUGAUAAUCAACUUAAAGUUUUAGCUGAUAAUACUUUCAAAAAUUUAAGGAACCUAACAAAUUUGGACCUAAGUGGCAAUGUAUUAGAAAGUUUCACUGCUGUAUCUUUUGAACCAAACAUGACAAAGAUGAAAAAACUGUUGCUGCGUGAUAACAAAUUGACCACCCUUAUUCAUAUGAACUCGAUUUUCCCAAACCUACAGGAAAUAGACCUCAGUGGAAAUAAUUUGACAUGUGAUGUUAAUAUGGAAUGGAUACCAACAUGGCUUGAAAUAGAAGGCAAUAGCAUUAAGGGCACAUGUUAUUUACCUGCUAAGCUGCAAGGAAGAACUCUUGAUUCCAUUCUACCACAGCAGUUUAUUGAUCCUACCUUUCUACCAAUUACACCAACUUCUAAGCCACCUGAUAAAACAACUAAGAUGGAGUCAACAUUAAAACAGAGGAUUCCAGAAAAAUCUGGAACAAAUGCUGCUGCCAUUGUUUUGCCAAUCCUCAUUAUCCUACUGUUAGUGAUGGUGGGCGCUGUUCUAUUCUGGAAGAAGUACUGGCAGCCACGGCAUGAAGACGAGAAAAAGUACAGCGCAGUUAGCAGGGAAGGAAAUACAGGCAAUCGUGUUUACAGUGAUGUAACAACAGAUUUAUAAUUGGUAGUAUGGAUGUCUUUUACUCCAGCUUUGAACAAACAUGUACAGUAGCUGGUGAUAUCAUACACUGUACCAAGUUUUUUACAUUGCUUGCUUGCAGAUCUCAAGAGCUAAGAGCUGUAUUCUAUUGUGAAGAUAUUCAACUUGUUACCCUUUCCAAGUUACUAAUCUCAUUGUUAUACUGGUUCUGAUAUUGGUAUAGUGUGUGCUGUUGAGACACCAUUCAUUCUUUAAUCAUUUUAGAUAUGAUUAAGGGAAAACAUUUUACUAAUUGUGUAUACUUCAGUGAUGAAUGAACUGUCGGAUUCUUAAAAUGUGCAAUGUAUUUUAUAUGAUAAUCCAAUAAUUUUAAUUGUAAUUGUUUAAACUGAAAGCAGCAUUUUAAUGAUUCAGACAAAUAAUUUCUUGUGAAGCCCACUGACAAAAAGUAACUGAAUAAAUUCAAGAUUUGUAAAUUAAAAGAUUUGAUGCACAAGAUAAAAUCUCUUUAAACCUUCAAGAAUAACAUUCAAUGAAAUUGCAGCAUGAAUAUUACAGCAUUACUUUCAAAGGGUACAGUGACAAGGUGUGAUAUGAUGGUGUCAACAUUUUAUUAAUUUUUUCCGCUCUUUGUUUAUAUAGUUUGUUGUUUAUGUGGUUUUUUUUAUGGUCUGUAAUUUUUAUUUUAUAAGGUGUGAUGAUCUGUAAUUUUUUUGUGUGUGUGGUUGAUGAGGUAGAGAUUUUAUAAGGUGUGAUGAUCUGUAAUGGUUUUUUUUCUGUGAUUAAUGAUUUAGAGAUUUUAUAAGGUGUAAUGAUCUGUGAUGUUGUUUAUUUGUGUGGUUAAUGAAGUAGAGAUUUUAUAAGGUGUGAUGAUCUGUAAUGUUGUUUAUUUUUGUGGUUGAUGAGCUAGAGAUUUUAUAAGGUGUGAUGAUCUGUAAUGGGUUUUUUUGUGUGUGUGGUUGAUGAGGUAGAGAUUUGAUCUGUAAUGUUUUUUUGUGUGGUUGAUGAGGUAGAGAUUUUAUACGGUGUAAUGGUCUGUAAUUUUGUUUUUCUUUGGUUAAUGAGUUAGAGAUUUUAUAAGGUGUGAUGAUCUGUAAUGUUUUUUUUUUGUGUGUGGUUGAUGAGGUAGAGAUUUUAUAGGGUGUAAUGUUGUUUUUUUGUGUGGUUAAUGAGGUAGAGAUUUUAUAAGGUGUAAUGAUCUGCAAUGUUUUUUUUGUGUGGUUAAUGAGGUAGAGAUUUUAUAAGGUGUGAUGAUCUGUAAUGUUGUUUAUUUUUGUGUUUGAUGAGGUAGAGAUUUUAUAAGGUGAUGAUCUGUAAUGUUGUUUUUGUGUGGUUGAUGAGCUAGAGAUUUUAUAAGGUGUGAUGAUCUGUAAUGGGUUUUUUUGUGUGUGUGGUUGAUGAGGUAGAGGUUUGAUCUGUAAUGUUGUUUUUUUUUUUGUGUGGUUGAUGAGGUAGAGAUUUUAUAAGGUGUAGUGCUCUGUAAUUUUGUUUUUCUUUGGUUAAUGAGUUAGAGAUUUUAUAAGGUGUGAUGAUCUGUAAUGUUUUUUUUGUGUGUGUGUGGUUGAUGAGGUAGAGAUUUUAUAGGGUGUAAUGGUCUGUCAUGUUGUUUUUUGUGUGGUUAAUGAGGUAGAGAUUUUAUAAGGUGUAAUGAUCUGCAAUGUUGUUUUUUUGUGUGGUUAAUGAGGUAGAGAUUUUAUAAGGUGUAAUGAUCUGUAAUGUUGUUUUUUUGUGUGGUUAAUGUCGUAGAGAUUUUAUAAGUUGUAAUAAUCUGUAAUGUUGUUUUUUGUGUGGUUGAUGAGGUAGAGAUUUUAAAAGGUGUAAUGAUCUGUAAUCUUGUUUUUGUGUAGUUAAUGUGGUAUAGAUUUUAUAAGGUGUAAUGAUCUGUAAUGUUGUUUUUUUGUGUGGUUAAUGUGGUAGAGAUUUUAUAAGUUGUAAUGAUCUGUAAUGUUGUUUUUUGUGUGGUUGAUGAGGUAGAGAUUUUAUAAGGUGUAAUGAUCUGUAAUCUUGUUUUUGUGUGGUUAAUGUGGUAGAGAUUUUAUAAGGUGUAAUGAUCUGUAAUGUUGUUUUUUGUUUGGUUGAUGUAGAGAUUUUAGAAGGUAUUAUGAUCUGUAAUGUUUUUUUCUUUUGGUUGAUGAGGUGAAGUUGGAUGACCUGUAAAUAUUUUUACAUUUUUUUUGUGAUUUAUUAGUUUUUAGUAUGAUAUUUUUUUAUUUACUAUUCUUACAUUUAUAAACUGUCAAUUAUUAAUUUCAUUAUUUUCUUUUUAGAAUACAAGUGCCUGUGAUUAAUUUAGAUAAAGCAUUCAGCUUAGGCCUUUUCAGUGUAUUGAUUAUGUAACCAGUGAAACCUGAGGGCAAUCUCCAUGUAAGAUUAGAGAUGUAUAAGUACACACAAACUUAGGAAACUGGUUAUCUUUUUUUGUUGUGCAAAAGAUAUGGAAGCUAAAUGGGUGAAUUAAAGAUGUUAUAUGGUUAUAAAUAUUUUUAAAAAUCAAAAGCAAUUAUAAUUUUGGUGUUUUUAUCCAGUUAUAUAAUUCAUUGAUGUCAACAGAGAGGAGGCAUGUGUGAUGGGCAUUCUGUAUCAAUACAACUAUACAUCUAUUGUUAUGAAAAAACUAAAAUCUUGAAUACUCUAUUUUGUUAAACAAUUUAUUAUCUCUACCAAGGAAGCUAUUUAACACCCCUGUCUGUCUGUCAGUUAGCAAGAUUACAAAAAAAAACUAAUGAAUGGAUCAUCAUACAAUUUAGUGGAGUGAUACAUAAUAAUCUAAUUCUAAGAAUGAGAUAAUUAGCUUUUAGGGAGCAAAGAUCAAGGUCACAGAAUUUGAAUUUUUACCCUCAAGCAUAACAAAAAGUAAGGGGAACCAUAGAGAAAGAAAAUUAUGGGGGGAACAUACACUGCAUACACGGCCAGUGUAUUGUCUUGUAUUCAGGCACAGGGCCGAUGCAUGCACCCUAUGGAGUGACUGCUCUAGUUUAAAUUAAGUAAUUGUUUAUUUGUUUAUUGGGGUUUUUUUCACACAAUUGAAAUAAAUUUUACAAUAUAAUGGGAAAAUAAGGUAAAGUAUUUCACAGUAACGCUGUGAAAUACUGACAACUCAACUUUCUUUUUUUUUUCUUUUUUGAAUUGAUCUAGAAUCUCAAACAAACAAACAUCAAAUGUAGAGAAUUUAGCAAGUUUCCUUGCUAUUGCAGUUUUUUUUGUACAUUUUCCUCUGUGAUUGGCUGCAAAUGAUAAAUUCUUUGAACUUUUAAUGUAGCUUUCAUAUUUCUUACACACACAAAAACAAAAUAUUUGCAGUAUUCUAAGUUGCUAUGUAUUUAUUCUACUAUCACAAACCUUUUGCCUAUUAAUUGUCUACAUAAUCAAAACAGUGACAGGUGUAUAUAAAUAUACUACUAUAGUAAAGUGUAGUGUUUGUAUGGUAUAUUAUUUCAGCUUAGUUAAUUUAUGGUCUUUUGGUUAUAUUUUUUUAUUUGUAAUGGUUGAAUAAUGAUAUAUAAUUUUAUUUACUUAGUCCCACCAUAUUUUUCUUAAAGUGUUUCAUUAAUCAGCUUGUCUCCCCGGUUUUGUUUGGUGCUCUUUUUUUUUUAACCUAAGUCACAAAUAAGAAUCCAUGUUUCCUUCAAAUUAUAUAUAAUUGAACCAUAGAAAAUAUGUAAUGAAUAGUUUAUAACUUUUAAAUUGAUUUUUUUUAAAUUCUGUUUUGUGUGUUGUUUAUGUUCUUUUCUAUAUAAUAAGAGUAAAGGAGUCCAUAACCAUCUACCUUGGUUGGGGCUGAGAUGAGCUAAUUGGCACCUUCUCUAGACCUACAUCUAAAAGCAUAAAAAAGUAUGGAUGUUGGCUGUUUUCCAAUUGGAGCAAGUAGUGCCAAAACAAGAAGUAAACAGAACAAAUUAGCAAGAAAAAAAAAAUUCCCAAAGUUAACAUGCCAAACUUGGUUGUAAACAAUUUUCCACAAAUAGGAAUCUUUGGAUAUUAACUUAAUAUUUGGCUGAAAAUUCUUUCAAGGAGGAAUCUUUUGACCUUCAGUUUUGGUGACCAAAAUUUGAGUCGCUACCCGUAAAUUCAGAACUAGAGAUUUAUAAUAUUACAUUACAUUGGUUGAUAUAGUAAACACUGUAUGUAAUAUUGCAUUAAGUUGGUUGAUUGUAACAUUAAUGUGAUGUUACACUUUAUUACCUUAGGCCAGACUUUUUUUAUACCUUGUUUAGCAAACCCACUUAUCACCAAAAAUGGUGAUUUUGAAUAAAAAGUAAAAUGUUAUUUUUGGCCAGUUAUCGCAUCCUGUUUAUUCGUAAAAAAAUAAAAUGUUACAUUUAUUUCGCAAAACAAUGGUCAUUCAGAGAUAGAAUAUAAUUGAGUGCAUGAAAAGUUGUAUGUGCACAACAGAGUGCUAUCUUGUCCCUAUUACCAAUAGUUCCAUCAAUUGUAUUAACUGUAUUAAUUAUUGAAUUGUUAUUGGAAAAGUGUCUUUGUAAAUAUGUGAUUGGAUCAUGCUCUUUGCUUGUAGUUUACAGAUUUACAUUGUUAAAGCUCAUUACUAACAAAAUCCUGUCUUUCAAUUUUCCAACAACCUUACCUUGAAGUGUUGCUAGUUUUACAUAUUUUGUUAAGAUUUGUGUAAUCACCAUGAACUCAUGAAGAGUAUUCAUUUCUGCUGCUUAUCUGAAAUGCAUUAAGUUUGAUUGCAUUUGUUAAACAAAACAUAUUUUUGUAUUGCUCAUUACUAAAUUAUAGUAUUUAAUUCUAUAUGAAGGUGUCCUUAAAGAUUUUAUAAAUCUUGUGAAAUUCUCUUGAAAUGUGCAUAAAAUAAAAGAACUACAUUUUUUCAUUAAAUUGUAUGCAGAAUCAUGGUAAAAUGGUUAGUCAAUAAUAAUAAUAACAAUUCUUAAUUUUUGAUUGACAACUAAUUGCCAAAAAACAUUCAUAUGAUAAAUGAAUUGAUAGUAUUGAAAUAUAUUUUUAAAAUAUGACAGAAUUAAUUAUGAAAAGUUUAUAAUUAUUUAUUCCCUUCCAAAUAUCAUCAUCAUGAUGAUCGUAAUAAUGUUCUUUAAUAUAAUGUAAUUGAAAAAAAAUGUAUUCUAAUCCAAAUGAUUAUUUUUUUAUGUCAAAAAACAUGAAUGUCUUGGUGAUGUAUUCCUUGUUUUACUACUGUUUGAAUAUUAGAGUAUAUAUGAUAAGAUUAUCAGUUGCUAGAAUUUGUACAAUUCUAUUUGUUGGAAUGUCUAACUAAGAAUACCUGGUAUACUGGUUCAGUUUAACAUACUGUCAGUUAAUAUGAAUAUUCAAAUUUUGUAUGAGACAUCAGCAAAUCAGAUUGUACAUAACCAAUUAACCAUUGAUAUUUCAGUAACAAAUUGUUACAUUUUUACAAUUCACCCUCAUUUUUCAAGAUGCGCUUUGUUUAUCACAGUGCACCCUUGUUUAUCAAGCUGUGCCCUUGUUGAAAUGUUUGUCUUUGCUUUUGAAAAUUAUAACAUUUCUAAUAUAUAGCGGCUUGAAAAUUAAUGCAAGGUAUUAUGUAUGUAUUAUACAUUUAUAGUUGGUUUUUUUUAUCCUGUAAUUUACAUAAAUGUUGUGGUGUUGGUUAAUAAAUUAAUGAUGCAUAAAUACAA